AUCCCUACCCGGUCAGAUCCGCCAUUUUCAAGAAUAACGACCCCCACCCCCUGAAAUCCAUCUUCUUCAGCCCCCAUCGUUCUACUUCUUCCCGAACCAGAUGACUAGUCCCUAGCUUCACCUUUUUCAAUGCUUGGACACAGAAAACCCAGCCUGUUUCCAUCCAUCGCCACCCAACUCACCGGAAUCAACCAGCCACCAAUCGAGUCCCUUCAACCUUAGAACACCCAGCAAAACAAGACUCCUCCGCAAAGUCUCGACCAUCGCCUCACCCCCUGAUUUAUGACUUCUCUCAACCAAAAACUUCAUCACAUCAAACCUACGGAUCUCAGCUACACACAGCAGAGAUAAAAGAAAUUUUAUUUUGCUUCUUAAAAUACCAGCAAAUCAAACAAAAAUAGGUUUCAAUCGUCUUCUUUCCGAUUUCGAUUUCUGUUUCAUUAUGAAACUCGUGUGCGUUUUCGUUGGUUCGAGUCUGACUAAGAGCUGCCGUCCGCUCGAGGUCUCAUUUGGGUUUGUUUGAGUCCGUCGCCGUUUAUCGUCCGGAUUUGGUUCGCUCGAGUUCAGUCCAUUUCCAAUUUCAGCCACAACAGUUGGUUCAUCUUCGUGUAGUUUUGCUUGAAAUUUCAGUCAGUGAAAGCUCUAAUUUUCAGCAAUUGCAUGGAUGCCAUACGAGGUCCCCGACCUUACGGAUUGGGCUUGGAUGUUGGCGACCCACUCGACUUAUAAUGAACGUAAGUGGCGAGACUUGUCUAAAGGGUAGAUGGGAGGCAAAACACCACGGCAUUGGGGAGUUCUUCGAGGCGAGAUUGUGCCCUCUCGGAGAGGGAGAAAGAUCGUCAGCUUCGGGGCCGAGGAAUAAUAAUAAUAAGCAAAAAGGGCCUUCGCAGGGCGACAGUGCUGAUAGCAAGACAAGUUCAUCCCGAAGGCUCAGAGAGGAUGUAUUAGUUGAGCCUGCAGCGCCCGAGAUCUCUGGCUUUAGAAAAACGGUCUCUCCUCCAAUGCGGUCUUCUUUUCUCGUCGAAGGUACCUGGAGGAACGAGGGUUCUCUGCCGCCGACUUCUUCUCCUAUCGAAGAUACUUCGAGGGAUGCUCAAAGCCAGGGGCCGUAUAUAUCGAGCGACCGUAUCCCAAUCGGGGGCAGUUCUAUUGGGGUUGAUGGAUCCAGAAUAAUAGAUGUGCGCUUGACUUUUGAGGAAGCUCAGCGGCUAUACUCUGUGGUGAGUUUUGGCCGAUCGUGUUGGUUUUAUAGUUUUUGCAGUUUUUACUCUCUUAUCGAGUUUCUCCUUCAUAGGCUUUUAACAAGCUCAAGUUUGAGCUGCUUCAUCGUGAGUCCAGUCUGCGAAAAGCCGAGGAUGGGGAGAAAUCCCUCAGGCUUUUUUUGCGAUGAAAGGAAAGACGUGUUGGCACACUUGUGGUAUGAGGCGAGUCGAAGUCUGAACUACGAAAGCUACCUCGAGGAGCAGUUGCAGAAAAAGACAGAGGACCUAGAACGCCUUUGGACGAAGUUGGUCAAGCUAGGUGUGAGUGCGAUGAGCUAAAGGCUCGGGUGGACGCCCAGGUUGCGGCCAAGACAGAUGCUUUGGCCAAGGCUUCCGCCCUGGAAGUACAAUUUCGCAAUGCUCGUGAGAACAGCUCGUUCCUAACGAACAUGAUUACAAGGCUCGAAUAUAAGCUUCUAAAGAUGAAGGCUGAAGUUAUGGAUGCCCGGGCUGAAGCUGAAGCAAUCCGAACUAAGGCUGAUAAGAAAGUGGCCAUCUAUUUGAAGGACGUUGCCGAUGCUCGAGCUGAGCUGAGAGGGGGUCUUGACCAUGAGAGCAGACGCAAGGAGUAUGCUCGGUGCAAAUCUUGAAGGGAAACCCUUAAGGUGAUCCACGCUAGGGUCUUUGGUCUCUCGGAAGAGAUAGAGCAGACAAAGGCAAAUGAAUAUGAUGUCAGGUUCCUUCUGCCCGAUGUCGAAGACAAUGGGGAGGAGGCCGGUGGGCCACAAUUCCCGAAUGGAACGUAGGCUUAUGCUUUUUUCUUUUCAGUCUUAUGUAUGGUGUUCCUAGAAGACUUUGUAAGUGAAGCCUUAUGUAAUUAUAAAAGGAAACUCUUUGGUUCCA